AUGCGUGCGGGCCAGUGGCCGACCGCCCUGCUACUCCUGACGAUUGCGAUACCAUUCUAUACGGCACGACGGCUACACCCCUAUAAGGGACGGAAAUACGAGCUGACGCUAUUUGUCAGGAAUCACAACGUCUCCGAAGCUCAAUUUUUCCGGCUUGUGGGAGUCGACAAUACUGCCGAUUUUAACGUAUCCGCAGGGCAUACCUACGAGCAGACCUUUGAGGUGCGUCGCAAGGGCUACUGGACCCUCUUCGUCGAGUUCCCCAACGAUCGAUAUGCAAAAUCACCGAGAAAGAUAAUUUCUCGCGAUUCAUACCAAAAAUGGGUGAUGGAGGUCUACUACUACCCUGGGGCCGUCGGGUUUUCAGAUUGGCACAAGCUGGGGCGGCGGAUGGAACGCCAUCUACGACGCCAACGCAGUCAUCAUCGCUAUAACUAUCAUCUUGACCACGAC